AAAGGAUUCUGGGAAGUGAUCCUCUGCAGCAAUGACUCUCUUUCUAGCUAGGGUCUUUAUUUUUAUCUAUUUAACAUGUUUUGCAAACGCUGUUUUCGAAGACCAAGUGGGCAAAUUUGAUUGGAGACAGCAGUUUGUUGGCGAGGUGCGUUUCGCACUCUUUGAUAGUUAUUCCCAAGCAUCUAAAAAGCUCCUGGUCGCAACAGAAAAGAAUAUUUUUGCCUCCAUCAAUUCCAGAACGGGAGAGCUUUUCUGGAGACACGUGGACAAACCAGGACCAGAGGGUCACAUAGAUACACUGCUGGUUCAUGGGCAAGAUGCUGUUGUUGUUGUUGGGAAUGGACGUCUUCUGCGUUGCUGGGAGAGCACCAUCGGUGGCCUGAAUUGGGAGACCGUGCUUGAAACUGGAAGCUUUCAGUCUGCUGUGUUUGUGGGAGUGCAGGACCUGGUGAAGUAUGUGGCAGUGCUUAAGAAAUCUGCCAUCUCUCUGCAUUACCUAUCAAAUGGCCAUCAGAAAUGGGUGGAAAAUCUCCCAGACAGUGACACUGUUCAGUAUCAGAUGGUCUAUUCCGGAGGAAACGGGCCGCUUUAUAUUCUCGGUGUGGUCCCCAACUCUCACAUCGUCAUUGUUGAAUAUAACAUUGAAGAUGGAGAGAUCAUGACACAGAAAUCAGUAGAUACUCCGUGGAUAAGCAGCUUACAGUCUAGUUGUGUGGUGGUUGGUCCUGGAAUACUUUUAUGCGUUGACUCAAGCACAGAGUCUAUAUACACCUUGCCACUGCAAUCUGAGGAUCAGUCAAAACCAACCCAAAUUCCACUCCAGACUGUUGGCAUAGAGGUGGCUUCAGGGUUUCAGCCGCGUCUGAUCUCCACUCAGACCCACCCUGCCCGUUCUCCUCUGCCUGAAUUCUUCCUGCAGCUCGGGCCGGAUCAUCACGUCCUGCUACAGCUUAACCAUGGCGCUGUUGCUCUUCUCAGAGACUUUAACCCAUCAUACCUGGUUGCUUUUGCAAAUACUGGAGAAAAGACAGUGGCUGCUGUGAUGUCUCCAAAAAAUGAAACAGCAUGUACUAUCAACCUGUUCAGUGUUGAUGCAGGAAGGAGGCUACUUGAUACCUCUGUCACCUACAUCCUGGAUCCUAAUGGAGGAAAGCCAACUAGGUUGUAUGUCAACGCCUUCUUGAAGAAAGAUGACUCUGUGGGCUACAGGGUGAUUGUACAAACUGAAGAUCUUCUUCUAACUUUUCUACAGCAGCCUGGCCGGGUAGUGUGGACUAGGGAAGAGGCUCUCGCUAAUGUGGUUACUAUGGAGAUGGUGGACUUGCCACUUACUGGAACACAAGCAGAACUGGAAGGCGAAUUUGGAAAGAAAGCUGACGGGCUUUUGGCCAUGGUUUUAAAGCGCCUCUCGUCCCAGUUUAUCCUCCUGCAGUCCUGGAUUGGCCAUUUGUGGAAACUCUUCUAUGAUGCCCGAAAGCCUCGCAGCCAUGUGAAAAAUGAAGUCACCAUUGAAACCUUGUCUCGGGAUGAGUUCAACCUGCAGAAGAUGAUGGUGAUGGUGACUGCCUCAGGGAAGCUGUUCGGCAUUGACAGUAAGUCCGGGACCAUUUUGUGGAAGCAGUACUUGGAGUAUAUCAAGCCCAACUCGGUUUUCAAACUGAUGGUGCAAAGGACAACUGCUCAUUUUCCUCACCCACCCCAGUGCACUUUACUCAUUAAGGAUAAGGACACAGGCCUGGGAAACCUUUAUGUCUUUAAUCCUAUCUUUGGCAAGAAGAGCCAUAUCAGUGUUCCAGCUUUGUCCAGACCUAUACUUCAGUCCCUGCUGCUUCCCAUAAUAGAUCAGGACUAUUCCAAAGUUGUUCUUCUUAUAGAUGAUCAGUAUAAGGUCACAGCUUUCCCAUCCACUAAGAAUGUCUUGCAGCAGCUGCAAGAGAUGGCGUCUUCCAUUUUCUUUUACCUGGUGGACUCGAGUCAGGGCAGACUGUCUGGUUUCCGCCUUCUUAAGGAUCUGUCCACUGAACUCAUCUGGGAGGUGGUCAUCCCGACUGAUGUCCAGAAAAUAGUGGCAGUGAAAGGCAAGCGUGCUAAUGAGCAUGUCCACUCCCAGGGCCGAGUCAUGGGGGACCGCAGUGUGCUUUAUAAGUAUCUGAACCCCAACCUGCUUGCAGUGGUAACUGAAAGCACAGACACCCAUCAGGACCGCAGUUUUGUGGGAAUAUUUCUAAUCGAUGGCGUGACUGGCCGUAUUGUCCAUGAAGCUGUGCAGAGGAAGGCACGAGGACCUGUUCACUUUGUGCACUCGGAGAACUGGGUAGUGUACGCGUACUGGAACACAAAGUCUAGGAGGAAUGAGUUCUCUGUGCUCGAGCUCUUUGAAGGAAUGGAGCUGUAUAACAGCACAGUGUUCAGCUCUCUGGAUAGACCUCACCUUCCUCAGGUUCUGCAACAAUCCUACAUAUUCCCUUCUCCUAUAAGCACUCUAGAGGCCACGCUGACUGAGAAGGGCAUCACCAGUCGUCACCUCCUUGUGGGACUCCCAUCAGGAAACAUCCUGUCUUUACCAAAGAUGUUUCUGGACCCCCGGAGACCAGAAGUGGCCUCAGAACACAGCCGAGAGGAAAAUCUAAUACCAUAUUCUCCUGAAAUGCCAAUACGCACUGAGUGGUUUAUUAACUACAAUCAAACUGUGUCGAGAGUGAGGGGCAUCUACACUGCCCCAUCUGGCCUUGAGUCUACAUGCCUGGUGGUUGCAUAUGGCCUUGAUAUCUACCAAACCAGAGUUUAUCCUUCUAAACAAUUUGAUGUCCUCAAGGAUGAUUAUGAUUAUGUGCUGAUCAGCAGUGUUCUCCUUGGUCUGUUCUUCGCUACCAUGAUCAGCAAGAGGCUGGCAGAAGUGAAAUUACUGAAUCGUGCAUGGCGAUGAAAACUGCUUGGCCUGACAGCUGCAGUCUGCCCAUUUAAGAAUUGUGAUUAACACAUUGAUGGCAGAAGACCAGCUGAUGCCCAUGUUAGACUGCAAGAUUACAGGGAAUGAUUUGAACGACAGCUGUUUGGGGUGAUGGAAGGUUUUUUUUUUUUGUUGUGUUUUUUUUUUUAAGAAAGGCUUACUGUCUUUAACACAAGAAAGGUAUAAAUAAUGUUUCUUCACUCCACUGAGUAGUCCAUUCUUAAAUUAUUUAUUGUAAAUGUUUUAGAAAAGAAUUAUCUAUGGAAUGUUCAAAUUUCCAUACAGAUAACAAAUGCAGUGAAUUAAUGCAAGAAUUUAAUUAUAUACUGACUGUGUGUUGUGCUACUGUUGGGCAAUUUACAUGAAACAUACUUCCUAACAAAUAAAAAUUAACUUAAAAGGUAGAUUCUGCUGUUUUGAUAAAAUUCCUAGCCUACAUCUUUUUGAGGCUAGAUACUAGUUUUUAAUUCAAGUCCCUAAGUGCACCCUUUUAAACUGUUGGUCAAGUACUAAUUUGUGUAAUUUGUUUUUAUCGAAAAAAGUAUGAAUACAGAUGAAUUAUUAGUCACUAUGUAUGAAAAUGUCAAAGAAUUAAUGCAAUUUGGGAUUUUGUGGUAGUCAAUAAAUAAUGGGAAUAUGUUGACAAAACCAACCAUUUAAACUAAGUGCUGGAAGUUUCUUUUUUUUAUUGGUUAGCAUUGCUGCCGAAUAGUUCCAGGGUCCUAAUUUGUUCCUGGACACGAUAUUUGACUAUGAUGUAAAGUUUUGCAUGUUGCUCACAUGUUACAUCAUCUUGUUUUUUUUUCUCUUUUUUUAAUUAUUUUUUUUAUUACCCACCUUCCAAAACUGAGUGUGUGCAUGGUACACUGAUGUACCUUCUAGAAUGUAUGUCUGCUUAAAAAUCCCCUCUUUUGUGUUAACUGCCUCCACUAGCUGAAGACAUUCAGUAUUUCUACCACAGUUAAUUUAUAUUUAGAACUAGAACGAAUUAAAUCUAUUUGUAUCAAGGCUUGAUAUGAUGUGAAACCUGCAGUUGCGUUUUAGGUGAGACGCAGCUUGUUUACUUUGGUAUCCUCACCCCAGUCACUAGAUCUUAGAUAGCCCAUGUGUGUUUUCUUUUAGAUUGGAUAAAAUUGUUCUUUUAUUCAUGCUUUUAAGUGCAUGUAAUUACCAGAACAUAAAAACAAUGUAGUAAUUUAAAAUACAUCCCUAACUAUUGAUAAUAAAAAAGAGAAGCAA